AUGGAUGAGGACGGGCUUCCUCUCAUGGGCUCAGGCAUUGACCUGACCAAGGUGCCAGCUAUUCAGCAGAAAAGAACGGUGGCAUUUCUAAACCAGUUUGUGGUGCACACUGUACAGUUCCUCAACCGCUUCUCGACAGUUUGCGAGGAGAAGCUGGCAGACCUUUCUCUUCGUAUCCAACAAAUUGAAACAACUCUCAAUAUUUUAGAUGCAAAGUUGUCAUCGAUCCCAGGCCUAGAUGAUGUCACAGUCGAAGUCUCCCCUGUAAGUGUCCCUGGAGUCACAAAUGAAACCCCUUCAGAGCCAUCACAGCAGAACAGUUUACAAGAAUCUGGACCACAGGAAAGUGAAGUAACAGCAGAAAAUAUCUUAACUGUAGCCAAGGAUCCAAGAUAUGCCAGAUAUCUCAAAAUGGUUCAAGUGGGUGUACCAGUGAUGGCAAUAAGAAACAAAAUGAUAUCAGAAGGACUAGACCCAGAUCUUCUCGAGAGGCCAGAUGCUCCAGUGCCUGAUGGAGAAGGAGCUACACAAGCAACAUCUGGUACAGCCUGCAGAGGGAUUCUUCACCCGAGGAGUUUCAAGUUUCAGCAUGUGAGCCAUCCUGCUGAAUAA